UCCGAUAAACGAUAGUCUGACUCACCAAACAAAAACAACGUAGAUGGCAGACUGCGAAUAUGAAUAUGGAGACGCAAAUAAACCAUCAUCCUUUAGAAAAUUUAGAAAAACCUAUUAGGAAAAUGGUAGGAGACGAUAUUGAAAAUGAGGUGAACGAUCUCACGGAAAAGUGUCAAAAGUGGUUAGAAAAAUGUUCCGAUAACGACAAUGAUUCUGUAUGUUCGGAAACUAAUAGUUCUAUGUUUAGUGAUACGACAGAUAACAGUGCUAUGGACUCAGGUUUUGUGUUUCAAAAUAACGAUGUAGUAGUCACGGAUCAAAUUAUUAGAGCUAGGGAUUCAAAAAAUGCUCCACUUAUUAUCAGAGAAAGCGGUAGACCAAAAUAUGACAACGUAAAUAUUUAUAAGUCAAAAAAAGUACAUGUUGGCGAUGUUACAUAUAUCAAUGGACCAGUCAUUAUCAGCAAUAAUAAUUCUGCGUACAAUGAUAAAAAAAUAUCAACUCCGUAUAAUGAUCCGGAUUGGGAUGCCGUAUUCAUCGUUAACAGAAUCAACUGGCUAGCUCAACCAGCCCUAGGAGAAAAAGAACAUUUAGAUUCUCCAGCAAAAUAUGUUAUAAUAUGCCACACUGCAACGGAAGAAGGGUUUACGCAAGCCGAUAAUACUCUUCUAGUUCGUUUAAUUCAAACUUUUCACAUAGAAAGCAGAAAAUGGAAGGAUAUCGCAUACAAUUUCCUUAUUGGCUCAGAUGGUUUAGCGUACGAAGGACGAGGUUGGGGAUUAGUAGGAUCUCAUACAAGAAAUUAUAAUUCUAAAUCAGUAGGAAUCGCCUUCAUAGGAUGCUUUUUGAACCAUUUGCCACCUGCAAAUUCUAUUAAAAAAGCUAAAGAUUUAAUAGAAUUUGGUGUCAAAAGAGGAUCUAUUGCAGAGGACUAUAUUUUGUUAGCUCAUUGUCAGUGUAGCAGUAUCGAGAGUCCUGGAAAGAAAUUGUUUGAGGAAAUCCGAACAUGGGAACACUGGGAUAGUACAGUUUCAGUUCCCAAAUCAACUCUACGCAAUAAAAUCGCAGACAAUACCACCGAUGAAGAUUGUUCUUCGCUAAACUUACCUUGAUUGAAAAUGAAAAACAAAUCAGUUUAUCUGCCUACAUAAAAUCUUAAAAUAAAGAACUAAAAAUGUUCAAAAGCGCAAAAGUGUCAAUUGUCCAACUGGCAAAUAAAAACAAUUAUUUAUGUACCAAGUCAUCAAGGAAACUUUGCUGAUGUAGUGCAUAUAAACUUUUAUGGCUAAAAUCAACCGUCACCUUCCAUUUGUUUCUGACAAAUUUGCUUUCACCAUGGAAUAAUACGACUAUAAUUGAAGGAGAGUACUCUUAAAUAUUCUUUCGAUAAAUCAGAAAAAUACUUCAGUAAAACGUCUACAGUAUACUUUUUAAUUCUGGGUUUCUGUACCACUCUAUGAACAUGUCAUAUUGGUGAUUGCAUUUUUGACUGAUUUUUGUAGUAGAUUUUCGAAAUACUUCUUCUGAAUUUCACGCAGCGUUUACUGAAUGUCAUCCAUUAGUUUCAAUAAAUAACUCACGACAAAAUGUUUACUAUUGGAGCCAUGACAGUGUCGAACAAUUUCUAUUUGCUGUAGCAACAGGUUGGCGAUAAAUGACUUAUCGCCAACCGUAAAUAAAGCCAUACAUUACGAUAGGCGAUUUGCGGAAAUGAACAAACACUUUAUCUCACUGUAAAAAUCAAAUAUUUUAUCUGCCGCUAUUUAUUAGCAUAUCCAUGAAAACCUGACCGAAAUAGUCUGUAACUAAUUUUUUUUUUUUUUGUUAUUCGCUGUUAUUUUUUUUGUUUGUUUACUUUGUCAUUCUAAAAUGUAAAGUUAUAAUAUCUCCUUUCAUAUUAAUUAUCAUUAUCUUCGGUUGGUGAUAAAAGUUUGUAUGGGCCACGUCAGCAAAGUGUCUUUAUGGAACUCGCUUCGCUCGGCUCAUAAUUUCAGACUAGUUCGACUUGGUACAUAAAUAACUACUAUUGGUCACUAAUGAUGAUUUUUUUGAACAUGAAAAAAAAAAUUUUUUUCAUUGUUAAAUAAUACUGUUUAAAACGGUGACAUCAUAUCAACAAUUUCAUGUUUACUUGUGCAAUAAUUUCUACUUCGCCCAUAACAUAUUGCUGCUUACUAACAAGACCGGCUCAACUCAAAAACAUUGACUUUUCAAAAGAAGCGAUAAAAAUUUUGUGUUAAACAAUUUCCUUCGUAAUAUAAAAUGUGCUUAUAAAAAUGAUAGAAUCACGUUGAAUUAUUAGUGAUAAUCACCCUUAGUUUAUUUUUAAAAGUAUUAAAUUGAAACCUAAAAUGUUAGAAGCUUAUUUCUAGAACAGCAUUUUUUCCUAAUUAUGGCUUUAGUCACACACUAUUUUUUAUGUUUGUCCCUUAUUUAAUAAAUUAAGCAUUUUUUGAGAAGAAAUACGAAGCAACUAAAAAAAAUCACAAGGAAACAAAUAAUGGUUAAACAAAUGUUUUUUGUUUCAAAAAAAUAAUCCCAACUCAAAAUUAAACGUAAUCAUAUUAAAUAAAAUAUUUAAAAAUACUUACCUUUUCGAUCAAAAAUGUCUUAAAAUAAAAUGUGACACAGUUACCCAAAUAAAUUAUAAAAUAACAACGACAUUUUUUGUUUAGUAUCAGUCUUUUUGAAAAACUUGUAAUAAAAUUAAAAACAAAUUUGAACUUUUUAAUUUGUGACAAUCUUGCACACAAAAGCGCGAUGUUAUUUCGAGAAGUGUCAAAAAAUCAUAACGAUCUCUGGUCAAACUACGCACAGUUGAUUUUUGUCUAUCUUACCAAGUAAAUUAUACUGAGUUUUUAAGCACAAUGUUAAAAAAAUCGAAAAUUUGAAAAAAAUUGAGUUAUGACGGUCUUGUUGGAAAGCAGCCAGUAUUUGAAAUUGCAACGUGUGUUAUUAUCACUUUCAAGUUCGUAAUUCAUGUAAAAUAAGUCGUUAAAUUAUAUCGGACAUGUGUAAAACUGGAGAAAUUGUUUGAGAAACUUCAAAACGACGGUAAUUAUGAAUUAUGAUGUUCCCACUCAAAGAAAUGUUGUUGCGAAUUUUUACAUAAAACUUACUACGAUAAAUCGAAAUGCAACAAACUUUUAUACCCAUUGGUAUCAGGGGUGGAUAUCGCGCAUGGUGUCAUGGCGGCGCUGACGUCAUGUGUAGAGUUAGUAAAGUUGACGCGUAGUAAAUAUUCUAUGACAGAUGCACAUUGCAGUGAUUUGUAAAUCGUUUACAGUAAUUAAUACCAUUUUAAGCGGAUAUGUGUAUUAUAAUGUUGUAAACUUUGUUCUUUGUGAGUAGUAUUAGUAAAAAAGAUUAAAAAAUGCGGUAAGCUAUUUACGGAUGAAAUAGUAAAAAUCAUAGGACAAUCUUUAAGGAGUCAUUAUGUUUUUUCACUUUCCUCGACAAUAAGAGAUUACUCAAAAGUGAGCAAUAGCUUAAGGGCGGGUUCCGUAGGGGGCCCAGGGGGCCAUACCCCCUCCAAGAUUAAAAUUUGUAUAAACUAUGAGCCUUUUAUUAAAAAAAAAAAAUUGCUAAAAAGGGCAAUGCUACACCCCCAAUUUUCUCCUUCCGAAAGUUCGACCUGCAGCCGCUCUUGCAACGUGCAGAUAAAUUUAAAACAAAAAAAGUCUCAUGUGUGUUUCAAGCACUUUCAACCUUCCAAUAAUUAUAAGAUAUAUCUCAAAGCAGAUCUUCAUAUUAAUCUUAACUGGGAACACUUUUGAAAACUGAAAUUUUCGCGAUAUACAGCAAAGGUGAAAUUGUAUGUCGCAAAAAAAAAAGUUGCGAAUCCUAAUCAGCGCCCCCAAAUGCGAAAUUUUUAGUUGAGAAGUUGCGAAGAUACUAUUUCCAUUAUCCUGGUUAAAGAAAUCUUUAGAAAUCAAAUGUUACUUAAAAUUAAAAACCUGAAUUCGAAUUUGUAUAACAAAAAUAAAUCAUUAAAAAGGAAAAU